AUGGCUGUCAAGGUCGGAAUUCCUAAGGACGUCGCUGCCGUCGCCGCCCCUCAGGUCGGUGGUGUCCGACUUUUCGGAAAGUGGGACGCCCAAGAGGUCGAGGUCAAGGACAUCUCGCUCACCGACUACAUUGCUCUCCGCAAUGCCGUCUACACCCCUCACACUGCUGGCCGUUUCCAGAACAAGGCCUUCAAGAAGGCCCAGACCCCCAUCGUUGAGCGCCUGGUCAACUCGCUCAUGAUGCACGGCCGCAACAACGGCAAGAAGCUCAUGGCUGUCCGCAUCGUCGCCCACGCUUUCGAGAUCAUCCACCUGCUCACCGACGCCAACCCCAUCCAGAUCCUUGUUGACGCCAUCAUCAACACUGGUCCCCGUGAAGACUCGACCCGUAUCGGCUCGGCCGGUACCGUCCGCCGACAGGCCGUCGAUGUUUCGCCUCUGCGCCGUGUCAACACCGCCAUCACUCUCCUCACCACCGGUACCCGAGAGUCGGCUUUCCGCAACGUCAAGUCGAUCGCCGAGUGCCUCGCCGACGAGCUGAUCAACGCCGCCAAGGGUUCGUCCAACUCGUACGCCAUCAAGAAGCGUGACGAGAUGGAGCGUGUUGCCAAGUCGAACCGUUAA